AACUUCAGUCUCCCUGAUGGCAAUUCUGACUGAAGGAACAGAGCGCUGAAGGGGGCAGGCGACGCUCCUCGGGGACCCCCGGACACAAGCAGGCCCAGAGCCCUCAGCCUUGGAGCAUGGCGAGUCCUGAGCACCCUGGGAGCCCUGGAUGGAGAGGACCCAUCACCCAGCACGCGACAGGGACCAUGCAGGGAGCCUCAGCCACUGGCCUGGACCCCCCACCUCCAGGAUCUGAAGGACACUUAGACACCCCCAGCUCCAACUCCAGCAUGACCACGCGCGAGCUGCAGGAGCACUGGCGGCGGGAGAAGUGCCGCUGGAAGCCGGUCAAGCUGCUGUUUGAGGUCGCCUCAGCCCGCAUCGAGGAGAGGAGAGUCUCCAAGUUCGUGAUGUACCAGAUCGUCGUGGUGCAGACGGGGAGUUUUGACAGCAACAAGGCCGUCCUGGAACGGCGCUACUCGGACUUCGAGAAGCUCCAGAAGAGCCUCCUCAAGACGUUCAGGGAAGAGAUCGAGGACAUCGCCUUCCCCAAGAAGCACCUGCUGGGGAACUUCUCGGAGGAGAUGAUGUUUGAGCGCAGGCUGGCCUUCCAGGAGUACCUGCGCCUGCUCUACUCCGUGCGCUGUGUGCGCCGGUCACGCGAGUUCCUCGACUUCCUCACGCGGCCCGAGCUGCGCGAGGCCUUCGGCUGCCUGCGCGCCGGCCGCUACGCCGAGGCGCUGGGCAUCCUGGUGCGCGUGGUGCCCCUGCAGGAGAAGCUGACGGCGCACUGCCCCGCGGUGCGCGUGCCGGCCCUGUGCGCCGUGCUGCUAUGCCACCGCGACCUGGAGCACCCACGCGAGGCCUUCGCGGCCGGGGAGCGGGCGCUGCAGCACCUGCAGGCCCGGGAGAGCCACCUCUACUACGUGCCCCUGCUGGACGCCAUGAUCCGCCUGGCCUACGCGCUGGGCAAGGACUUUGUGUCCCUGCAGGAGCGGCUGGAGGAGAGCCAGCUCCAGAGGCCCACCCUGCGGGCCUUCACCCUGAAGGAGCUCACCGUCAGGGAGUACCUGUAUUGAGGGCGCCG